AUGCUUCUUGUCGCUAUUGCAGCCCUAUUCGCAGCUUCCGUGACGCCAGCUGCAAAUGGGCGUCAAGCCGUCGUGGCUGGCAGUACCUCGCAGUGCUUGACCGUUUCCGCUUGUUACGAAGGCGGAGUUUCCGCCACUUCUUGUACCGUCUCCAGCGGUGGCUGUCCCCCCUGUAUCACCUUAGAAGACCGGGGCUGUUACGUCAAAAUCGGGGGCGCGUGUCCAUUCGGCGUCGACUGUGCGCUGGCCUGGGAGGAGGCUGCUCGAGAUGCGCUGCUUUCUAGUGGCAGCAGCAAAACGUCGUCCAUUGGUACAGACUCCAACAGCGACACGACGAACGCAGACAAGACGACUCCUGCGGAUGCGGAUGCCAAAGCUCAAGCUGAUGCUGCUACUUCAGCUCAUGAUGAUGAUGCUAAUGGAGGGAGCCCCACAGGGUCGUUGGCGUCAACGACGGUCGAUACGUCAUUAGAGCCGACGUCCGACUUGAACGGAGUAGCUGGGAAUUCCUCCGUUCCCACGGCAUCCAGCACUUCAGGUAGCACCGGACCGUCGGUUGAAACUUUGAACGGCUCCGGGUCGGACAUGAGCGUCGUGUUUGCCAUUAUUGGGGCUGCUAUCGGUGUCAUUGCAGUGGCUGUUAUCUUUUUGACGCUCGUGCGGCGCUCAAACGCUGCACACGACGAGGACGAGGACGAUAUGGCCAGUACGAUGCGCGGCUUUUCCAAGGGUCCAGUGGUGCAAGGGCCGCAGAGCACGACGGGAGCGGCCGUAUACUCAAGUUACAACGGCAGUCAACAACGGCCGCCUGGUAUGAGUGCGACUAAUGGAGUUGAGAUUGGAUUGGAUACGAGCAAAGGCGUCCCGAUGAAUGCAGUCAGCUACUAUAAUCAGCAGCCCCUACACAACUCUGCUGCGCCAUCGCCUCGCGUCGCAGGGCGGGCGAUUCCAUCGCAGCCGGUGGGAAUUACCCCGGGCACUGGCAUGACACGCCCGUAUGGUGGAGUUCAGAAUUUUGGCACUACUAGUGGAUUUGGUGCCUCUGCUUUGGCAUCUCCUGGCGUUGGUGGCAGUAACCAAGUACCCUCGACACCUGUGCAGCACCAUCCACCGGGUGGCGUGGCACCGUCACCACACAUUCGAAAAGAAUCGUACGAGUUUUAA